UUCAUUCAUGUCAGUAUUCAUGCUCAACAAUAGUAUCAGAUCUUAGAUAUAAAACAACAAAAAGAAAAAUAGAAAAAACCCUUUUGAAAAACAAAAAAACAAAAAAAGAACAACAAAUUUAUUUUAGAAUCUAGAAAAUGUGGCAAAUAUGGAAGAAAGUGAAUCCUAGGAUGGGUAUACAAAUGGCCACUACCAUGGCCAAGCGCCAUUUGGCCAAGGCCCAAGAUCAUAACAAUUCAAAUAUGUGGAAGAAAUUGACCUUCAUGGUGGCCACACCAGCCAUCUGCCUCUGCAUGGUCAAUGCCUUCGUUGUCCCCCAUAAGGAAGUGGAGCCGGAGCCAUUUGUCAAGUACGAGCAUUUGCGUCGACGCACCAAACGUUUCCCUUGGGGCGAUGGGAAUCGUAGUCUAUUCCAUAAUGCCAAAUCGAAUGCUUUGCCCGAUGGCUAUGAGCAUCAAUAAGGAUCACCCAGAAAUGGAAUAUACACCUAUAUAUCUUGUCUUUUUUUGGGAUGGCGGGAGACCAAUUGAAACCCAACGAAAACAAAAUGGUUAAUUUAUAAACAAAAAAACAAAAGGUUUAUUGAAAUACGGAAGAAUUUUCUGUUUAUCUUUGUUUGUUUUUUGGCGUUCCGAUGUGCUGAUGAGAGAAUGUCAUCUAAAGAAUUAACCAUUCAAUGGACUGGGCAUUCGCAUUUCCUGUUUAAAUUGUAUUAUUGUUUCGAAAUUUUUGAGCAAUCAUAAAAAAAGUAAAAAAAAAAAGCA